AUGAGUCGACGACUGAAUAAUACAUGUCCGCUUCUUCUUCUCCACCGUUUAAUUCUCCAAUCAGAUGCUCACCGCCUCAAAACUGCUUCAUUCUCAUCAACCUAUAUAUCACUGCCUACUGCUUACCUUCUACACAAAAAAGCAGACAAUGUUGCGAUCUCUGACGCUCCCCUUUCUUGCUCCUCAACCGCUCAUCGCUUUCAAUCAAAUUGGAACCACGACGAUAUUCACUCUAAGUCAGAUUCCUAUUCGGACUUGGGGGUAUUGAUUCUAUUCUUCAGCCGAUGAAAGCGGACACGACAAGUAGAGGCGGCGGAGAGAAUCGACCGAUGAGGGCGCUGGUGGCGAUUCACUAUGACACCUUCGAAAGUACAGGGGAGUUUCUUUUUCAGACUUUGACUUUUUUAAUGUUUCUUAUUUUGCUUUUAGAAAAAAUGUUGAUUAUGUGUUAACAACUUUCUUCAAUUGAUUUGCUUCUUUUCUUUGUUGUUUGGUAUUUGUAUGCUUUCCAAUGUUCUGUUUUUGCCUGUUGUCGUUGUUUUCAGAAAUUCGUCGCUUUCAUGUCGUCUUUCUUCAAAUCGCACUCAACGUAUUUGUUAUUGUGUUAUGUUGUUACUCCGUUGACAUCUAUAUUCUCUAAUAGAUUUCUUUCACAAAAGCUACCAACCCUUGCACCCAUCGAGUUGACAAUCUGUUGAUUUUAUUUAUUUCCUUUGUAGGUCAUCAGAGGGUAUGUAAUGGAAAACGAUUUCCCUGGGAUAUGAGAUUUUUUUAGGAACUUGGAACUCCAUUUCCAUCGAUUUCAUUUAAAAUUGAAGGAACUACUACUGCACGGUAUGUGUUUGUUGAAAUGUCAAUGUUGAUGAAGAGUUUGUUUUUUGAUUUGGGAUCGGUGAUGAUGGAGAUAUGUAAGAUUUAGGCCAUCUUCUGGAAAAAAUAACUAUGGUAUGCUCCACAAGAGUCUAUUUCUGCCUCUCAUUUUCCAGUCCUAAAUGAUUUUUCUAUUUUAAUAUUUAUUUUCUCGUUUUAGUUUUCUAUGUAUACAGUUUACUUAUGAAAGAUGUUAAGUCUGGACUGUAGAUGUAGGUGAAGUUGUUGAAGGCGGAAAGGAGUUCGAGGGAGAUAGGGAAGAAAUUGGCAUUUGUGGAUGCCAUGGCAACAUCUGGUUUUUGGUCUCUACUUUAUGGAAUCAUACAUUGGAAUACUUUAUCAUGCAGUUCUACAUCGAAACUUCAUGACACUUCAGCAAGUUAUAACCCAACGUUUAAUCAUAUCAGAGGUUAUUCGAUCAUUAUGGACGAGUCGCAAUCGAAUCCCAUCAAUAUUUCCAACAGCAUUGGAUCAACCACGAAGAUUCCCAUCCUAUACACCCAUGAUUAUGAAGUCUGGGCGCAUCACUUUGAAGACUAUGUUAUAGGAUCUGAGGAUAAUGGAUACCUCAUCUGGGAAGCAAUUAUCAAUGGACCGUUUUCUCACUCUGCAACGUCAAGGAUUAUUAAAACUCAAAAGGAGUAUAAUGAUCUACUGAAGGAUGUUAAAGAUAUUGCGCAAGAUGAAAAGGAUAAAUUCCAGUGCAAUAUCAAGGCGUUAAGAUUGAUCAGAUUCGCCCUUCAGUCCGACACUUUCAGGUUGGUAAGUUCAUGCACAACAGCAAAGGAAGUUUGGGAUAGACUUCGUGAACUGUACUCUACAGACGAGGAUCUUGAACACUCUAUUCAAACCUUGCUCUUAUCUGAGUUUGGAGAAAUCAGGCAAGGAGCCGAAGAAACUGUGACUCAAACGUUCGAUCGCUUCAAUCAUCUUCUCAGCAAGAUGAUCAAACAUGACAUCGAAAGGAAGCUUAUCGAGCAGAAGGUUACGUUCUUAAAUGGUCUAAGAUCAGAGUGGAGAGCAGUGGUAUCUAUAGUUAAAGCCCAUGAGCAGUUUAAAUCAUAUUCUUUGGCGAAACUGGUGGGUAUUCUCAAGUCUCAGGAGAAAAUUGUGCUGCAGGAAAAGAAUGUUGUCUCAAGCCUAGGUUCGCUGGCCCUCCUGUCAAAAAGUAAAGCUGUGAUGGAGGACGAAGACCUCAACUUGGAGAAGUAUGACCUCACGGCUGAGGAUUAUGCUAUGAUGGUAUCUAACCCCAAAAGGUUCAUUAAGAAGAGAUUCCCCAGCAACAAAAACCGAAACUGGCAGGGGAGUUAUAGUUCAGAAAAGGUUAAAGAUGAACCGAAGGUUGAUGAGUCUAAGAAGGAACCGAAGGCAGAGGGUGAUUCUGGAGUAAGCUGUUACUACUGUGGAGGGAAAAACCACUAUGCUAAGGAUUGUGUCCUCAAAAAGAUGGCUGAAAAGGACGAGGAAGCUUUGCUGCAGAAAAAGCUUGAUGAGAUGAGAAAGAAGAAAUCUACCGCUAACCCUUCUAUGAAUGCUCUAAUUGUGCAGGGUUCGGUUGCUGAUGACGAGUUCGGUGGCGUGGAAGUUUGGUCAACCGACUCUGAAGACGAUGAAGUGAGGAAGCCUUCUCAUGGAAAGGCUUGUGUGGCAAAAGAGGAGAGCAGUGGAGGAAGGUGCUUGAUGGUGUCUGAAGUAUCUCAGAUGAGGGGAUACAACACUGAUGGUGGAAGCAAUGAACCGAAGGAGCAGCAGGAUAUGUGCUUUACAGCCAAACCGCUCAGCGUGCAGUUCAACGAACUCGAUGAACUGAUCAAGAAGGGUGUCUUCGAAGAGUGAGGAACGGCGCAUGUGGAUCGAGCUGAAGGAGUCAGAAUUAGUUAAAACAAAAGAUGAAAACAUUUAUUUACAAAGGGACAAUUUAAAGCUGUUGAAACAGCGAAAUGUUUUUUGUUUAAUUGCCAAACGUCUUUACACUAAUAUUACUCAGCUCCACUUGGAUUGUGAAA